GGAGAGUGGAGAGAGAGAGAGAGAGGGAGGCGGGUGAGGAGCGCUUAAAGGGGAAUGCGCCCCCCAGGGAGAGGUGGGACGGAGCCCACGGGAAGAGGCGGCGGGGGGGGGGUCAUGUGUGAGGAAAACCCGGCGGGGCCCCCUUAAAUAAGGCGCUCUUUUUUAAAAAAAAAAAAAUUUCUUGCUCGCCUCCGGAGGGGAAGGGGUUAAUCUUUCCGCCCGCCGACAUCUUUCUUCCCCCCCCUCCCCUCACUCCGGCGGGCGGAGGGGAAGCGGGAGGCCCAGCGCAUGCGCACUGGGCCUGGAACGCCGGCCUGGCUCGCUUUCUCCGCCGCGGCCACGCCCCUCGGGGGGAGGAGCGAGGAUCGAAGCUCCGCCCCUUUCCCCAGCCGGGCCAGGAAGAAGGGGAGACGAUGCGGCGGGAGGGAGGGAUGGGAAGGAAGGAGCUCCUGCUGCCCCUCGCUUGGGCUCCAGGCGGCCGGGCUUCCCCUCUUCCCCCGAAAAGGCAGGCAAGGACUUCCAGCCUGGCUCUUGCUUCGGAGCGACUCCGGGUGAAGCGGGUGGCGGGAACACGACUGCUGCAAUUGGGACUGGCCAGAAGAAGCCACCGUUGCCUGGUCUACAGAGAAUCUCGGUCUCAAAGGUCUCCCUGCUGGAUCAGGGCGUUGGACUAGAUGACCUACAAGGUCCCUUCCAACUAAUCUCUUCUUUCCUCUGUCUUAUUCUAUUUUCUGACCGUUUCUAUUGUUCUAUUUCUAUUCUAUCUUGCUUUUCUUCCAAAAGGCAAAUUGUCUUUCUUAGGGUUUUUUUUUUUCCCCCUUGAAAAUGUUCUCAGCCAAGAAGCUUCUUCAAUUCAGUUCAAUUCAGUCAAUUGGGAUGCCUGUAGAGCAGUGAUGGUGAAACUUUUUUGCACAGAAUGCCCAAAGCUGAACGUGUGUAUGCCCAAAACCCAAAGACCUGCCUCAUUUGGGAAAGAGAAGAAAAUAGUUAAAAUAUCGCUCCUGUUUAUUAGUCUUGAGAUGGUUAAAACUUCAGCUGUGCCGUGGCAUGAUCCAGUUGAACGUAAACCUGUGUGUAAUUUUCUCUUAGAUUUAACUGGCCUCUUAAAAUGUAUUGACUUUGUUUUAAAUUCAUAUUGAAUGUAAUGUAUCUGUUCAAAAAUAUAUUAAAAUUGCAGCAUGUGUUCGGGUAGGGAAUCCAGCCCUUGCAUCCAUCCCUUGUUGCAGAAUAUAUCAAACAUAUACUUCGGAUAACAACUCAACCAAUUUAACAAAGAAGAAGAAAAACUGCCGUCACUAACAGUGUGAGAAUCAUGUCUGUUCGAGAGUCCUUUAAUCCAGAAAGUUAUGAACUUGACAAAAGUUUUCGGUUAACCCGAUUCACGGAACUUAAAGGCACCGGCUGUAAAGUGCCUCAGGACAUUUUGCAGAAAUUGCUCGAAUCUUUGCAAGAAAAUCAUUUCCAAGAAGAUGAACAGUUUUUGGGGGCUGUUAUGCCAAGAUUGGGGAUUGGCAUGGAUACUUGCGUUAUUCCUUUGAGACACGGAGGUCUGUCCUUGGUCCAGACAACAGACUACAUUUAUCCCAUUGUGGACGACCCUUAUAUGAUGGGACGCAUCGCAUGUGCCAAUGUCCUUAGUGAUCUUUAUGCCAUGGGAGUCACCGAAUGUGACAAUAUGUUGAUGCUUCUUGGCAUCAGUAAUAAAAUGACAGACAGGGAAAGGGAUAAAAUCAUGCCUCUAAUUAUCCAAGGAUUUAAGGAUGCCGCAGAAGAGGCAGGAACAUCGGUGACUGGUGGUCAAACAGUAUUAAACCCUUGGAUUGUUUUAGGAGGAGUGGCCACAACUGUCUGUCAGCCUAAUGAGUUUAUAAUGCCAGAUAAUGCCGUCCCGGGAGAUGUGCUGGUGUUAACCAAACCAUUAGGAACACAAGUAGCCGUAGCUGUCCAUCAGUGGUUAGACAUCCCAGAAAAAUGGAAUAAAAUCAAGUUGGUUGUGACACAAGAAGACGUGGAACUGGCCUAUCAAGAAGCAAUGAUGAACAUGGCAAGACUGAACAGAACAGCUGCAGGGCUCAUGCAUACGUUCAAUGCUCAUGCAGCCACGGACAUCACAGGCUUCGGAAUCCUGGGACAUGCGCAGAAUCUAGCCAAGCAGCAACGCAAUGAAGUGUCCUUUGUUAUUCACAACCUCCCCGUUCUUGCCAAAAUGGCUGCAGUUAGCAAAGCUUGUGGGAAUAUGUUUGGUCUCAUGCAUGGGACUUGUCCAGAAACAUCAGGAGGCCUCCUCAUCUGCUUACCCCGGGAACAAGCAGCACGUUUCUGCGCUGAGAUCAAGUCUCCGAAAUACGGCGAAGGUCACCAGGCAUGGAUUAUUGGGAUUGUAGAAAAGGGGAACCGCACGGCCAGGAUUAUAGACAAGCCACGAAUCAUCGAAGUCGCGCCCCAAGUAGCCACUCAGAACGUAAACCCGACACCCGGGGCAGCUUCUUAAUCCUAGACGAAAUAGUUCUCUCUCUCUUUUAUUUUAAUUUUUUUUGGUUUUGUUUUGUUUGUUUCAUUUUUUUUUAAAAAAAAAACAAAAACAAAAAAUAGAUCUAUUUCCUUUAUCAUCUUACAGCCUAAAGAACUGUAUGAAAAAAAAAAAGAAGAAGAAACACAUUGUGUCUGCAAAUCUGGUGGCCUUAGGUCGGUUGGAGCGAGUGAAUUUAACCCUCUUGCCUUUUUUUUUUUCCCCUCCUUUCCUCCCCCCCCCGGCCCCCCCGUUACAUGAACUGAAGAUGCUGCUAUGUCGAGGCAGCUUCUGAGUUGAGAAUGAUAUUGUUAUCCAAUACUGUUUGAUUCAUUUUGAAUCUUUAGACACUGAUCUCUCGCCGCACAGGCUCUUCAAAGGUGCUUUUCACCUAAGCGUCAGGCAUUAUCCCUUCGUGGUAUCAAAUGCAGUUUUGUGUUUUUUUUAUUUUUUGUUUUUUUGAGGCUAUAUGUAUAUUUAUCACUAGCUCUAAUUUCCGGAUGCCUUGAAUUCCAAAAGGCAAUAAAAUUUGGAUGCACAAGGAGCUGAACCCGGAAGCAAAAAAAAUGGGUUGCGUGUCUACCAAUGUUCCGUCUUUUCAUUCGUACGAGUCAAGUCGCCUUCUCCGCGGAAAAAAAAUCUACGGCCUCGGACUUCGCGUGGUAGUAUACGGUCGGUUCACAGAAACGCGCAAGUGCUGCCUUCGCACGGAGGGCACGCCUAGAGCGUGAAGGAAAGGAUCCUUUCGUUAGCUCAGACAAUGUUUACUUUGGAUUACCAGUAAUCACUUCCUUUUCAUGGAUGGUAUAAACGGCAUAAAUCAGUUUUCAGUGGGAUGGGUUGUGUGUGUGCUGAGGAGCAGCAGAAUAUUGCUAACUGAAAGGGGAGGGUAUUCUAUAAUCAUUUACAAUUCACUAUAUAAUUACACGAAUAAUUUUUAAAAAUAUAACCAUUUUUUUAAAAAAAAAACCUGUUCUGUGAAUGGUAGUGUUUAAUACAUUUUAUAUUUUGUAUAGUCAUUAUAAUUUUAUUUUUUUGCUUUUCUUAAAAACCGGCUGUCUAGUAUGAUGCUUAGUAUUUUUUGUUCAGCCUACAUUCUUGUGCACGCUUUUGUGAUGUGUUUAAAAGCUACGUUGCCAACCUUGCAGCCUGAACUUAAGCUUAUUAUUUGAAUAAAUAUUUAAUUUUUUUAUUG